AUAUAUAGUGACCUAGAAAUAGAUACAUUGUUAGAAUUUGAUGCCCAAUGACACCUAUUAUUCUUAUGGUUUAAGAAUUGUCAGUCAAAAAUUGACAUACUCCUUCAAAUCUUCAAUCAUAUUCAACAAAUCACUUUCGGGAACCAAUUUAAAUUCAAGGUGCAACCAUCACAAAGGAAACUUGUCCCUUGGAAUUACAUAGUCUCUUUGUUUCAAGGAACAUUUAGUGUGAUAAAAAAAAUGAGGGUAAAGCCAGCUUCAGCAAAAACCAUUUUGUUCCUAUGCAUUGCUUGCUUUCUGGCUGGAACACUUUUCACUGGCCAAAUGUGGACAAGCCCCUCCUCCAACCAUGAAAGUUCGGUGCUACCGACCAGACACAACGGUGUUCUCAAACGAAAAAUCAUUGAAGGUGAAUCCGGAGAUGUAAUGGAGGAAGUCACAAAGACUCAUCAAGCUAUCAAGUCUUUGGAUAAGGCAAUUUCAACAUUGGGAAUGGAAUUGACAGCAUCUGAGACAAGCCAAACUAGUGGGCAGGGGCAGCAUUUGAAACAACAUGAUUCUAACCUUAGUAUUCAGAGAGCUUUUGUGGUGAUUGGUAUUAACACCGCCUUUAGCAGCAAAAAACGACGAGACUCGAUACGCGAGACAUGGUUGCCUAAAGGAGAUAAGCUUAAGGAACUAGAGAAAGAGAAGGGAAUUGUUGUAAGGUUCAUGAUUGGUCAUAGCACAUCACUAGGAAGCAUUCUUGACAAAUCAAUUGAUGAAGAAGAUACAGAACACCAUGAUUUUCUUAGGUUAGACCAUAUUGAGGGGUACCAUGAAUUGUCCACCAAGACAAGACUCUUCUUUUCAACUGUUACUUCUAUGUGGGAUGCUGAAUUCUAUGUCAAGAUUGAUGAUGACAUUCAUUUAAACCUUGGUACGCUAGUGAACACACUUGCAAAGUACCGAUCAAGGCCCAGGGUUUAUAUUGGUUGCAUGAAAUCCGGUCCAGUUUUAUAUCAAAAAGGUGUAAAGUAUCAUGAAGCUGAGUAUUGGAAGUUUGGGGAUGAAGGGAACAAAUAUUUCAGGCAUGCCACAGGACAAAUCUAUGCCAUCUCUAGGGAUCUUGCUGACUAUAUAUCCAUCAAUUGGCCCAUAUUGCAUAGAUAUGCAAAUGAAGAUGUAUCUCUUGGAACAUGGUUAUUGGGCUUAGAAGUUGAAAUGGUUGAUGAACGUUCCAUGUGUUGUGCGACACCCCCAGAUUGUGAAUGGAAAGCAAGGGCAGGAAACGUGUGUGUGGCUUCAUAUGAUUGGAAAUGCAGUGGCAUAUGCAAGUCUGAUGAGAGAAUGAAAGAUGUUCACAAAGCUUGUGGAGAGGGAGAUGGAGCUGUUUGGAAUGUUGAAAUAUAAUUCACAACCUCAUUCCAUAUGGAAGAAACAAAAAGAAAAGAAAAAAAAAAGCAAAGUUUAGUACUUUAAUUUGCAUGAAGAGGGUAUUGAAUUCAUCUUCAUUUUAUUAUUUAGAGAUAAUUGUCACCCUUUCGUUUUGAGACAAUAUCUAUCUAUGAUUAUCUUCAUUUUGUUUGGCAUUUUAAUUUCC